UUACUGAUUUUUGCAAAAUAAACAAAUUAUUAGUGAAACUAUGUCCUUCUUCUUGGUGCGGUCACUUAUUCUAAAUAUAUAGCUACUACAUAGUAGUGUAGAAAACAUGUACAUUGUGGCAGAGUUUUCCUUUGAUCUUGUGAUAAAUGUAGUCAAUACUAAAGAAGAACAUGGUUUCUGUGUGAAGUGAUUAUUUUGUAGAAAUCAAGAAUAAAAUAUUUGCGUGAGUGUGAGGGAAUUAAAAUAAAUUGGUAAGGAAAUCAGAGUUGUCUUAAUAUAUUUAAGGGUUAUUAUUCUUUAAAAUAAAUAAUUACGAGAAGUGCUCUUUUUUCCACUUGAGCCCCUGCCCACAAAAUGUCUGUGCACGUCCCUGCUCCUUGUUCAGUAUUCAUCGAUGUUCAACAUACAAGGAUAUUUACAUUGGCCAUUUCUUUUUGCAGGUUUGUUGAAGCUAAGACACUUGGUGAGCAAGUUAACCAGAUCAGGAUCAGAGUCAAUGAGCUGAAGACCCAGCUGAAAAUUAGACGAAAGCAAAUGGCAGCCCAAGGAAACCAAACAGAAUCAGAGUCAGACUCUGUUGAGGAGAGAAUCCUUAACCAGAUAGAGGAGGAGAAGAAAAAUUACAAGAUCACAUCUGGAUAUUUAAAAGGGUUGAAGACAGAGAUUGAACAUCUACGGCUGUUGCGUGAAAAGGCGAAAGUGAAACUCCAAAAGGACUUCGAGAAUUGGUGGACUCAAGAGGGUGCUAGACUACAGGGCCACAGUGCAGAGAACACAGGAAGCAGUCUAAGUCACGUCAGCCCUCUCAGCUGCAUGUUUACUAGGUGACAAUGUUGUAUAUGCUAUGACA